CGUGUGUGCUUCUUAACGACUGUGUCUCAAACCGCAUGGCCUGAAUGCUCACACACGUGUACAGAACGUUGAAGCGAACGGAUCUCGACUUGGCAAGACAAUUGAAAUAGCAUUACAACCUUGAUAACUAUCGGUUGGAUAAAAGAAGUGAUCUGGUCUUGUUAAGUGUUUAGAAGAAAAUAGUUCAACAAAUUCUUAAUAUGGAUACCGCAUAUCACAUCAUUUUACUCAGCGCGCUUUGCAUUACUGCAAUAGAAUAUGCCUUGAAUCGUUCUGUAAUACAUUCCAUAUGGGAAGAAUUAACUAUCAAUAUAUGGCAAGACCUGGCUAAAACUUCUGAAUUUAUUUUUACGGGAUGCGUUGUACUUUUAGUUGCCACCUUAAUUGUAUUGGUUACAAACAUAUUCCUGACGCCUACAACAGCAAAAAAAGUUAGCCACGCUAUUCUACGCUCUAGUGAUUUAACCCCCUCUUACAAAGAGACAGCCAAAGUGUGUGAAGCAAAAAUUGAUACAAAAUUAAAACAGGUUUCACCUAUUAAAUGUCAAAAGGGAAAUAAUAAUUCCCGGGAACCUAGAAGAUAUAUAAUUCUGUUGAAGGACGAAAAUUGAUGCCCAAUUCGCAAAUUCUUACGUCAGUCUAAAUCGAUAUUACAAUUAUUUAGCGCACUAUUAAAACAUCUUAUUCAGCUCAACUUUUAACUUUAAGUUCAGAAUUGAUCUAGAAGGGAUGUUUUUUUCAGUGUACAAUGUGGAAUUUAUUUUUAAGACACUCUUUUGCAAAUUUUAUAAUCUAAUAAUAAUAAACUAUGUAAGCUAAUUUUA